GCAACUCCUCUCCCCAGCGAGCAACCCCCGCCGCCAGCACUCUCCCUAGCGAGACCGAGAAGAAAAAAAGAAGAGGGGGCGUCGGUCCUUUCCCCCCACCGCUGCCACCUUGAGCCGACCCCGGGCCCGAUUCCCCCGACCCAACCGAUCCCUUUAGUAUUUCUAGGUUUCCCCGAGAUAAUCCGGCUAAGGAGGGGUUUCUUCGAGGAAGGAAUCGAGGAGUCAUCUUUUCGAGGUGCGGAGAGGGGAAGAAGACGCAUCCAUCAAGAGGAGGUUACCCGAGGAGAGCAGCCGCGACAAACCUGAAGAUGUCAACUGGAUCUGGGUAACGAGAUGGGACCUCCCAUUAUAUCUGUCUUUAGUUUCAUGUCUUAAUGAGUAUACUGGGAAACUCAAGGAUUGUGUUUUAUGUUUUGUUGCUCUAGAUUGAGGUCGCCCAAGUGUUUAGGGCAUUUCACUUGAGAAUCUUAAACAUUAUUGUUGUUGAUUUUUGGUUUUGAUUUGUAAACCUGUUUUGGGUUGCUCCGGAGUAACCGGUUUGUGGUUUGAGUUAUGGUUUGGUUUUCAAAAAGGAUCGGGUCGUUUCAGGAAGCCAAUAAAUUAUUUACAUUUUUUAUAAGGAAUAAAUUAUUUUUAAUUUUAUUC